AUGACCAAAGGUCAAUUUGCCUUUGACUUUCUCGUGGUGGGUGCUGCCAUGUCCUUCUUUGGCUUGACGUAUUUGGGUUCGCAAGAUCCGUUUGUGGGUACCGUUCCAUUGUAUGCGUUCGAAGACGCCGAGCUCGUGGCUGCGGUGGAGGCCGUCGCCAACGAAAACGGCGAAAUGGCCAGCAUUGAAGCGUUCCUUGCUAACGUGUACCAUUGUCCCCGCGGCGUGCCCCCCCCAAAAGACAUUAUAAACCAAGUCCGUGCUUGGUUUCCCCAAGGAGAUUUGCCCACGGAUCAGUUUAUCACAGGCAUUCUCGCGCUGAAAGCACACGCAGAAGCCACCGAGACUCAAAAUCAAACUGAAAAUUGGACUAAGGGCUGCGAGUUCACCAGUGGCCUGGACUUGCGUGCAGCCAAAGUGAAACAUACGCGUAUGCUAAGGGACCCAAACCAAAAAUACGUAGCACCGCUCACUGACUCGCAAACGUUUGGGUGGGUAAAAGGGCCGCCUGUGAAAACCAUUCCCAAGAAGAGCUGCGAAGAGACAAAAUUUGCGUCGGCGAUGAUUCAGUCUGGUGUAAACUACUUUUAACGUUAGCUCUAGAAUGACUAAUGCAAAUCGAAGUUCAGAUUCUGCGA